AAAGUUCAAUACAAAUGGUCUGCCAUAAAACUACAAGGAAACAAUGUGUCGAGUUUGGUUGGUCCUUGAAAAAAGGUUGAUAUUUGAAAGCGUGUAUGACCUUCAUUAGGAAUUACCGCAAGUUCAACUCCGGUGAUUACGGCAAACAGUACCUGACAAGGCAUGGGUCUACAGGCCGCUCUAGACGGCACGAGGGCGACGGCACUGGACCAUUACUACGGGUAAUUGUCAGCGUAGUAUAUCUACAACGACAGAUAGUAACAGCUUCAAAAGUGAUGUAUUUCCUCCAGCGUGAAUUAAACUGGAAUUAUGCUGCUCUCCAUGAAGUAAUACCGAUUAUUAUCUCAGUGUUAAAUGGAGCAAGCGGUAGCUUUACUGCACGUAGAGAACUUUACGCAGGAUGUAUACAGAGGUCAGGGACUCCGGUGUAACACGCAUAGCGUAGUUCGUCCAACCAUCCAUGUUCAAACUGUCAGAUGAGACAACAUUUGUCACCAACAGUGCCAGUAGCAACACCAUACAAACGUGAUCUCACGCUAGUAAUUUAGUUCGUUUAUUUGCCACUAUUCAAUCGGUGGGUUGUGGCACCGACAGUUGAGUAAAUAAAAACGAAGUACCACGUCAUGGAGAGAGCACUUUGCAACGAGCUAUCAGUCAAACCAUUGGUUGAACUCCCCUCCCCGGCUGUAGUGCAACUUGGCAGUAGCGCAACUUAGCACAGUACUGGGACAACCAAGUUGACUUCGAGCAAGUUUGCCAGUAAUACACCAAUCGUAGUGCGCACAUUUUCCUUUGGUGAUAGCCUUGCAAAAUGAAUGUGGAUUUUUGAUUUUCUCUCGAAAUAAUCUAAGCCUCGUGUUUUACGAAACAAUCUUUGGUACUUCAAGAAGAAAACAUCGAAGUAUUUCCAGCGACAUUCAUUAAGGACUGAUGACAAGAGCAAGUUCCGGUUCGUGAGAUGUAGCGUCGAGGAAAGUUAGACUUUGACCCUGAAGAUGUUAUAUUAGAUUCCUGACACACAGAAAGGGGUAAGUCAUUUGCUGCAAGACGUCGUACAGUACAAAUUGCUACCACAAUAUGCUUAAAAUAUUUCACAAUGUUUAAUACAAUCAAAGAAGAUGAAGUCAAGUUUCUUUAAUCGUUUGAGACAAUCUCCUAAAACCUUAUAUAUCUCAACUUCACUGAGACGUCUUCAAGUGUUUCUGCUUAUUUGUGUCUUAACUUGCCUGCUCGGUCCAGUCAAAGGUACUGAACUUACAACUCAAACAUCAGAUAUUCAUCAAAUUCUCCAAGGCGUAACGAAUACACCACCGGGUCUGGAAGAUGCUUCGGAGUCUAGCUUCUCAAGAAAAGGAGAAUUUUAUCUUGGAGGACUUUUUGAUAUUCACUUGGAGCAGGAUGGAGUUUGCAAAGCGAUAAAUCCAAGGGGUUUGCAGUGGAUGUAUGCAAUGGUGUAUGCGAUCGAACUUAUUAAUGCACGGCAGGAUUUGCUUCCCAAUAUAACACUAGGAUUCCACAUUAAAGACACGUGUGGUAACCCCAACGUAGCUGUGACGUCAUCACUUGAUUUUAUCACUAGUUCAGCCAACCUUGGAACUUGUAAAAACGAUUCAACGACAACAACCAGCAGUGGCAGAUUGGGAACUAUUGUGGCGGUAGUAGGUCCAGCUACAAGUAACGCAGCUGUAUCGGUGGCGAGUCUAUUUGAGUUGUUUGAGUUACCGGAGAUUAGUUACUCAGCAACCAGCGAGUUACUCAGUCACUCCAGUUUUAGUUAUUUCACGAGAGUGGUACCAAGUGACAUCCACCAAGCCACCGCACUAGUCGACAUUGUGACGCAUUUUAACUGGUCUGUCGUGGCCACCGUAGCUACAGAUGACUUGGCUUACGGAGUUCCUGGUUUAGAUCGAUUUCUGUUGAAGUCGAAAUCAAAUGGUGUUUGUGUUGCGUUGGAGAGUCGCAUUGGAAGCAGUACUACUAAGGAACAACUGAUUGAUAUCGUCAACCAAAUCAGAACCUUUCCGAAGAUCAAAGUGAUUGUGGCGUUUGCAAAUGAAGCUCCAAUGUUACGUCUUCUCGAUGCUUUUGCGGAACUCAAUGCAACUGGGUAUACAUUCAUAGGUACAGACGGUUGGACAGCCUCACCUGUUCUGACGUCAGAUUCAAGGAUUUCCAGAGUAACUCGUGGGAUGCUGGGGUUACGUUACAGAGCACAAGAAGUGCCAGGCUUCUUGGAAUAUCUUCAUGGAAUAUCACCAAGUAAAAUUGAAUACCAAGAUCCAUUUCUUACAGAAUAUUGGCAGGAGACUUUUAACUGUUAUAUUGAUGACGGAUCGAAUGGGUCUGGUGUCUUCACCAAGCAAUGCACUGGCGAUGAGAUGUUACCAAAAGAAGACACUUUCUUCAAAGGAAAUUUAGUCUCUUCAAUUCUUGAUUCUGUGUAUGUUGUUGCGUUUGCUCUUCACAAUGCUUUGAAGUGUAACUCAACAAUGUGUGAUGCAAACUCAGGUGAUGUGAAUGGUAGAAACAUCUUAUCCCUUAUGAAAAAUGUCAGUUUUCUUGGUUACUCUGGCUUCAAUAUAGAACUCACGACUAACGGAGAUUUGGGAUCCAGUGCUUCUUAUGAUGUAUUUAAUCUCCAACCUGUUUCAUUGUGCUCAAAUGAAACAGUUACUGAACGAGUUGGUAGAUGGAACUUAAACCAAGCAUUUACAAUCAAUGGUACUAUAACAUGGCCAAGUGAUGACUUAUGUUCACAAACAGCGCCCUCUAUUUCCAUCUGUAGCGAUCCAUGCCAGCCUGGUUACCGUCUUAUAAGCAGCAGCCAAUCCAAGUCCGAGUGUUGUUGGAACUGCGUCCAAUGCCCAGAUAACCACUACACUAUGCGUAUAAACGCCCUCACGUGUUCAAGUUGCCUGAGUGAGGAGGUUGUUAAUGCAGAGCGAACUGGGUGUGUCCCUCUGCCCACCGUCUACCUGACUGCAAACAGCCCGCUGGGUAUCGUCAUUUUAGCUUUAUCAACUCCAGGAAUCCUCAUAGCUUGUGUGUUUGGUACAAUCUUACUCUGUAAACGUAACACACGGGUUGUGGUUUGCGCUCAUGCCGGUCACAAUGUCGCCAUUUUAACCUCUGCCGUCCUAUGUUUUAUAAUGUCAUGGAUGCCUUUGUUUUCGUCCACUGACAUCUACUGUAUCAUCAAAGCUGGCUUGCAACUUUUACCACUGGCUCUGCUGCAAGGAACUUUAGUAAUGACUGCGUACGUGUCAUACAAAGGAAGACAAUACGUAACUGUCAAAAAAAGAGUAUUUAUAAUGCUACUGAUAACAUGUGUGUAUUGUACGUUUAUAGCCGUUUGGUUUGUGACCGGGCUUCCUCGAUCCUCAAGAACACCAGAUAGAAUGGCAAGAUUGGUUUACAUAGAUUGCAAUGAGGGAGAACUCUUCGCUAUUGCGCUUUCCUUCAGUUACAGUAUUCUGCUUGAUAUCUUCGGUCUCUUUAUCGCAUUCAAGACAAGAAAGAAAGAGGAUAACUGCAGAGAAGGAAAAUUCAUCUUCUUCUCUUUUAUAGUCCAUAUUAUGGUAUGGGUUGCAACUAUUGGAAUCCAGUUUGCCAUCAAAGAAGGGAAACACACACGUCCAUUUAUUUUGGUGGUGGGGAUUAUUUUCUCAGGGUAUGUGCCGCUCAUGUUGUUGUUUGUUCCCAAACUGUAUGCUUUGAAGACCAAACCAGAAGCCAAUAGCAAAGUGGAUGCAAAGAUGAAGAGGAAAAUCACUGGAAAGCAUCGGGGUAAAGGAGCAAAAAGAAAGUUUAUACCUGAGGUUGCCAGUGCUCGACAGACCCUAUUGAGUAACUACCACAAAGCUCUUAACGCCAUCCGAGGUGAGAAAUCACAAAGCAUACAAACCGCCAAACUAUGCUUCGAAAGGAUACACGAAAUCCAGAACGGGCAUUGUCAAAGACUUAGCGACAAGAAAUCCGAGCUUUACCGAAUACAACAGAAGAAGAAGAUGAUGAUUGUUUCGAGCUCGUCUAUGUUAUCGACCAGGGUCUGAACACAUCUUCACUAAGCACUGAGGGCGCCCUUCCUCAAUCACACAUAAGCAACACUUUCACUGAAUAAAGCCCGGUGUGGCAUGAGAUUCUGUUCCACGGAAAUUUGGUUUUGGAUAAAGAGUAUUCCCACCUUGUCAAGUAUUCAGUUUUCAUUUCUUGUUUUAAUUCUAUGUCUUCGAACACUUAAGGUUGUUUUCUAUACGGACACACUCAAUAUUAUACUUAAAGGCAUUGGGCACCUUCGGUAAAUGUCAAAGACCAGUAAUCUCACUUGGUGUAUCCAAA